AUGUAUUUGUGGAAACCGAGUUUGCGGCAUCCUACGUCACAGAUCACCCCAUUCAGAACCCAACCCUACCAGGCCCCAGCACCAACCUUGCCCUGCCAGGCCCCAGCAACAUUCCAACCCUACCAGGCCCCAGCACCAACCCUGCCCUGCCAGGCCCCAGCAACAUUCCAACCAUACCAGGCCCCCGCACCAACCCUGCCCUGCCAGGCCCCAGCAACAUUCCAACCCUACCAGGCCCCAGCACCAACCUGCCAGUCCCCAGCACCAUCCAACCCUACCAGGCCCCAGCACCAACCUACCAGGCCCCAGCACCAACCUGCCAGGCCCCAGCACCAACCUGCCAGGCCCCAGCACCAUUCCAACCCUACCAGGCCCCAGCACCAACCUGCCAGGCCCCAGCACCAACCUGCCAGGCCCCAGCACCAUUCCAACCCUACCAGGCCCCAGCACCAACCUACCAGGCCCCAGCACCAACCUACCAGGCCCCAGCACCAACCUGCCAGGCCCCAGCACCAACCUGCCAGGCCCCAGGACCAUUCCAACCCUACCAGGCCCCAGCAUCAACCUACCAGGCCCCAGCACCAACCUGCCGUGCCCCAGCAACAUUCCAACCCUACCAGGCCUCAGCACCAACCUACCAGUCCCCAGCACCAACCUUGCCCUGCCAGGCCCCAGCAACAUUCCAACCCUACCAGGCCCCAGCACCAACCUUGCCCUGCCAGGUCCCAGCAACAUUCCAACCCUACCAGGCCCCAGCACCAACCUGCCCUGCCAGGCCCCAGCAACAUUCCAACCCUACCAGGCCCCAGCACCAACCCUGCCCUGCCAGGCCCCAGCAACAUUCCAACCCUACCAGGCCCCAGCACCAACCUGCCAGGUCCCAGCACCAUUCCAACCCUACCAGGCCCCAGCAUCAACCUACCAGGCCCCAGAACCAACCUGCCAUGCCCCAGCAACAUUCCAACCCUACCAGGCCCCAGCAACAUUCCAACCCUACCAGGCCCCAGCACCAACCUACCAGGUCCCAGCACCAACCUUGCCCUGCCAGGCCCCAGCAACAUUCCAACCCUACCAGGCCCCAGCACCAACCUUGCCCUGCCAGGCCCCAGCAACAUUCCAACCCUACCAGGCCCCAGCACCAACCCUGCCCUGCCAGGCCCCAGCAACAUUCCAACCAUACCAGGCCCCCGCACCAACCCUGCCCUGCCAGGCCCCAGCAACAUUCCAACCCUACCAGGCCCCAGCACCAACCUGCCAGUCCCCAGCACCAUCCAACCCUACCAGGCCCCAGCACCAACCUACCAGGCCCCAGCACCAACCUGCCAGGCCCCAGCACCAACCUGCCAGGCCCCAGCACCAUUCCAACCCUACCAGGCCCCAGCAUCAACCUACCAGGCCCCAGCACCAACCUGCCGUGCCCCAGCAACAUUCCAACCCUACCAGGCCUCAGCACCAACCUACCAGUCCCCAGCACCAACCUUGCCCUGCCAGGCCCCAGCAACAUUCCAACCCUACCAGGCCCCAGCACCAACCUUGCCCUGCCAGGCCCCAGCAACAUUCCAACCCUACCAGGCCCCAGCACCAACCUGCCCUGCCAGGCCCCAGCAACAUUCCAACCCUACCAGGCCCCAGCACCAACCCUGCCCUGCCAGGCCCCAGCAACAUUCCAACCCUACCAGGCCCCAGCACCAACCUGCCAGGUCCCAGCACCAUUCCAACCCUACCAGGCCCCAGCAUCAACCUACCAGGCCCCAGCACCAACCUGCCAUGCCCCAGCAACAUUCCAACCCUACCAGGCCCCAGCAACAUUCCAACCCUACCAGGCCCCAGCACCAACCUACCAGGUCCCAGCACCAACCUUGCCCUGCCAGGCCCCAGCAACAUUCCAACCCUACCAGGCCCCAGCACCAACCUUGCCCUGCCAGGCCCCAGCAACAUUCCAACCCUACCAGGCCCCAGCACCAACCCUGCCCUGCCAGGCCCCAGCAACACUCCAACCAUACCAGGCCCCAGCAUCAACCCUGCCCUCCCAGGCCCCAGCAACAUUCCAACCCUACCAGGCCCCAGCACCAACCUGCCAGUCCCCAGCACCAUCCAACCCUAGCAGGCCCCAACACCAACCUACCAGGCCCCAGCACCAACCUGCCAGGCCCCAGGACCAUUCCAACCCUACCAGGCCCCAGCAUCAACCUACCAGGCCCCAGAACCAACCUGCCAUGCCCCAGCAACAUUCCAACCCUACCAGGCCCCAGCAACAUUCCAACCCUACCAGGCCCCAGCACCAACCUACCAGGUCCCAGCACCAACCUUGCCCUGCCAGGACCCAGCAACAUUCCAGCCCUGCCAGGCCCCAGCACCAACCUGCCAGGCCCCAGCACCAUUCCAGCCCUGCCAGGCCCCAGCACCAACCUGCCAGGCCACAGCACCAUUUCAGCCCUGCCAGGCCCCAGCACCAACCUGCUAGGCCCCAGCACCAUUCCAGCCCUGCCUAGCAUGAGUUGA